AUGGUGGUGGCGAACUUCUCCACCAUGUUCGGACCGAAUAGCGCCAACCUCAAAAUGCGCAUAACUGCUGGCAGAGUCAAGGCCUUCUGCUUGCUCGUCUUCGUCCUUUGGUCGAUGCGUUUGGCGAUAACGCUGCGUCCUUCGCUCUCACCCUUGUACGGCAAGCAUAUUCAAGAGCUAGAUUCGGCAGCGCACGACAUCUGGACCAAUUACAUUACCACACAUCCAGUCGAGGUAGACGAGAGGUACGGCUUCAAGGAGAUGGGUUUCCGUGCUCACGCCUACGCAGAGCUGCUACGCACAAAGCAGAUCGGAAGGCUCGAAUCUAUCGAAGAGCCGCUCUGGUCGUUUGCCCCAGGUGCAGCGCAGAUUCGUGAAAAGGCGAUGCAAGUCCGCCCUGUUCGCUCGGCCAAGGUGGACAAGAAGCAAAGUGAACUGGAAGCACCGACUGUCGAGUCGAUCGUCAAGGCGCAGCUCAAGAAGUCCGGCAGACUCUCCUCCCAGGAAGUCAAAAGCUUCCUCUCAGCCGCUGAGGUAGAGGACGAGACCAAGGGCGGCAAACGACGAGGCAUCGUCAUGGCUGUCUCGAGGUACACCGCCCUUUCCGCUCUACAGACCAUCGCAGUGAUGCGAGAGCUCCAUGGCUGCCUCUUGCCUAUCGAGGUAUACCACCACACUGAAGACGAGCUGCCGUCCGCUCUGGCUGAUUCGUUCAAAUCUCUUGGACGCGUCACGGUGCACGACAUUGACACGCUUCAACUUUUCACCGCCGAACUCGAAGAUGACGCGGGCCACUAUCCCGGUCUCAAGGAGACGUGGGAGCGUCAAUCGCUGGGGUUGCUGGCUUCGAGCUUCCAAGAGAUCCUCAUCGUCGACCCGCAAGUCGUAUUCCUGCAAGAUCCGAGCCAGCUCUUUUCGCAUCCCACCUUCUCCAGCACCGGCACGCUUUUCUUCCGCUCCAAGGCCAAACCCGUCGACAGAGCUUCUCAGUACCUCGUCUCCUUCCUCAAACGCCAAAUUGACCAGGGAACGCCAUCGAAGCAACUAGCCGACAGCGCAUUCUACUCGCACGCCAUCGGCUCGAGAAUGGACAUGGACGUGGUCGUGCUUGACAAAUCGAGACCAGGUGUGCUCUCCGCCCUAUUCCUCAAUGCGUGGAUGAGGCGCAAACAGGUGAGAGCCAUGUUUUGGGGCGCGUAUCCCAAGAUGAUGAACGAAGGUCUCUGGCUCGCAUUCGAGCUUUCGGACAUCGCCUAUGCGUUCGAAAACACCUGGCCAGGUGCCAUCGGCCGCUUCGACGGCGAAUGGGACGACCACUCUCCCUUGCUCUGCUCGCCUCGUACGGUGCAGUUCCUUUCACCUCACGCUGCUGCCGAAAAGCUGUCACGACACUCGCUCAACAUCUUUCAAUCGCAAUGGACGUCGCAGAACAAGUCGAGCAAGAAGCAAAAGGUCGGUGGCAAAGGCAAGGACAACGUUGCCGGCGAAAAACCUUUCUGGUUCCACGGCGGUCUUAUGGUUCCAGGUCAGACGGAAGAGACCUACUACACUCCCAACGUUUACGCUCGAAACGUCCCUCCAUACCAAAACAUCGAGGAGGACCAGACCGGCUCCGACAACUGCAUGUACGGCGCCACACUUAACAAGCUCAAAGGCACCGCCAUUCCGGGGACGUUGGAGCAAGCCAUCACGAUUGCACACCAGGCUUUCAAGACGCAUCAACCUGUGCUGCAGUUCUACGCGCCCAUCCCGAAGCUUCAAGCCGAAUCAUCGAAAGAGGAGGAUCUACACAAGAGGGAUGGAGAGUCAUUGUGA